GUUUGCAUUGACUGACAAGAGAUGUCUCGCCUUUUCAUUCACUCAUUCAAUGGUUUGAAUUAUUUUGCAAAUCAUUGUAUGAUUUGAUGCGAUAUAGCGUUAGACAACUCAAGACGUGAACACUUCCUGCGGUGACCAACAAAUCAACCACAAAAUGAGCGAUCAUUUGGGGAAAGAUAUGCGAAAAGUGAAGAAAGACGACAACGAAGAGGAGGACAAAGAAAAGGAUAUCAAAACUCUGGACGAGGCGGACAUCGCUCUACUCAAGACAUACGGUUCGGGUCAAUACAGUCGGUCCAUCAAGAAAGUGGAGGACGAGAUCCAAUCGAUUCUGAAGCGAGUGAAUGAGUUGACGGGCAUCAAGGAGUCGGACACAGGUCUGGCGCCGCCCGCCCUCUGGGACUUGGCUGCGGACAAACAGACGCUUCAGAACGAACAGCCCCUUCAGGUCGCGAGAUGUACUAAAAUCAUUACCGCCGACAACGAGGACUCCAAAUACAUCAUAAAUGUGAAACAGUUCGCGAAGUUUGUGGUGGAUUUGGCCGACACUGUGGCCCCCACUGACAUCGAGGAAGGCAUGCGAGUGGGCGUCGAUCGCAACAAAUACCAGAUCCACAUCCCAUUGCCGCCCAAAAUUGAUCCGACGGUGACUAUGAUGCAGGUCGAGGACAAACCAGACGUCACUUACAGUGAUGUCGGCGGCUGUAAAGAGCAGAUCGAGAAGUUGAGAGAAGUGGUCGAAACACCACUCCUUCACCCCGAACGGUUCGUUAAGUUGGGAAUAGAGCCGCCGAAAGGUGUCCUUCUGUUCGGUCCUCCGGGAACCGGAAAGACUCUGUGCGCGCGCGCCGUCGCCAACAGGACUGACGCUUGUUUUAUAAGAGUUAUCGGCUCUGAAUUGGUCCAGAAAUAUGUCGGAGAGGGCGCCCGAAUGGUGAGAGAGCUGUUUGAAUUGGCCCGCAAUAAGAAGGCGUGUCUAAUAUUCUUCGACGAGAUCGACGCCAUCGGUGGCGCCCGCUUUGAUGACGGGGCCGGCGGUGACAAUGAAGUGCAGCGAACAAUGCUUGAGCUCAUCAACCAAUUGGAUGGUUUCGAUCCGCGCGGAAACAUCAAAGUAUUGAUGGCCACUAAUAGACCCGAUAUAUUAGAUCCGGCGCUUAUGAGACCGGGACGGCUCGAUCGUAAAGUGGAGUUUGGUUUACCAGAUCUGGAAGGCAGAUCUCAUAUUUUCAAAAUCCACGCGCGAUCCAUGAGUGUUGAGAGGGAUAUCCGGUUUGAAUUGUUGGCCCGAUUGUGUCCCAACAGUACCGGCGCUGAAAUCCGGAGCGUCUGCACCGAAGCGGGAAUGUUUGCCAUCAGAGCGCGCAGGAAAGUGGCCACAGAGAAGGACUUUCUCGAGGCCAUCAACAAAGUCAUCAAAUCUUACGCUAAAUUCAGUUCUACUCCGCGUUAUAUGACUUAUAACUAAUUGACUAGUUUUGGGUUCAUUUUUAUAUUUAUUUUAAUAUCAAUAAAAAACAUUUUCUGUCAAAAUUUAGAGAAAUAACAAAAACUUUAAUAAAAUUGAUAUAAAAACAAGAAUUAAUCAA